CACCACCAUGCCCAAGUGUCCCAAGUGCCAGAAAGAAGUCUACUUUGCUGAGAAGGUAUCCUCACUGGGAAAAGACUGGCACAGACCAUGCCUGAAGUGUGAAAAGUGCAGCAAGACCCUUACCCCAGGGAGCCAUGCUGAGCAUGAUGGGAAACCUUAUUGUAAUCAGCCUUGCUAUGCAGCAUUGUUUGGACCAAAAGGGUUUGGCCGUGGUGGAACAGAAAGUCACUCUUACAAAUAAAGCAUAGGUCUGAAACUGAGCACAGUAUAGAGGAUGGAUACCUACUAGCAAAAUGUUUUGUUUUAACCUGCCUUAUUAUGAUCCAGAACUAUCUCCAUGAGCAUUGUAUGUAAUUGACUUGAUGAAUGGUGCUAUACACACUACCAGAUGCACUGCUAUGUGUGCUUAGUAAGAGAAAUGUUUAGAAACUUGGUCAUUUUGUUCUAAUACCACUGAUGUAACAGCACUAAAUGAAUAUGAAAUAUUCCAUCAAAAAACAUAAAAUAGCAAUUUUAGCAGGUAUAUAUUAUGUCUACUAAAUAAAUGUAAAGAGUGAAUACACAUGUAAA